CCCCACCUCCUGGCCAGUCUCAUUGCGUUGCUAUUGCGCAUGCGCGGCAGGUACUGGGAGUGUUAGAGCCGCACAGUGCGGCCGCCUGACGAGCACCUCGUUAUUUCGGGGUUUAUGGGGGAAACGUGAGCCCCGGGGGGACACAGACAAACCGAAUUCACUGAUCUUGUGCAACAUCUCAUUGGUAGACAUAUCUAUAUGCAGACAGCUGGGGGAUGGCGGUCAAUGUCUAUUCCACGUCUGUGACCAGCGAGAACCUCAGUCGCCAUGACAUCUUGGCCUGGGUCAACGACUCCCUGCAGCUGAACAACACCAAGACUGAGCAACUCUGCACUGGGGCUGCCUAUUGUCAGUUCAUGGACAUGCUCUUCCCAGGCUGCAUCCUCCUAAAGAGAGUCAAAUUCCAGGCCAAACUGGAGCACGAAUCCAUCCACAACUUCAAAGUCUUACAGACGGCCUUCAAGAAAAUGGGCGUCGACAAAAUAAUCCCAGUAGAGAGGUUAAUAAAGGGGAGAUUCCAGGACAACUUUGAGUUUGUCCAGUGGUUCAAGAAAUUCUUUGAUGCCAACUAUGAUGGGAAGGAGUACGACCCGCUGCUGGCGAGACAGGGGCAAGACAUGGCCCCCGCUCCUAACCCUGGGGAUCACGGUUUGAUCAAGCCCAAGAAACCCAUUGGCACAGCAGUCCCACAAAGAACAUCCCCUACGGGUCCCAAGACUAUGCCGGCCCCUGUGCGGUUGCAAAACACGGCCCCUCCCAUGAGGAAAAACCCACCAAUCACCAGAAAUGGGGGUCACGACAUGGACUCGCAGGUGGUGGAGCUUAACCAGCAGCUGAUGGAGCUGAAAGUGACGGUGGACGGGUUGGAGAAAGAGCGCGACUUCUACUUCAGCAAACUGCGAGACAUUGAGCUGAUCUGUCAGGAGAAUGAGAGCGAGAACCCCGGGGUCCUCUCCAAGAUCAUAGACAUCCUGUAUGCCACAGAGGAUGGAUUCGCUCCCCCGGAAGACGAGGAGAAUGAUGAACUUCAUCCCCCGGACCAAGAUGAAUACUAACGAGGCUUUUAUCCUCCCUUUUUUCAUCCUAUUCCUUGGCAUCCCAUAUAAAUCCUCCUCCCUGUCAUUGCCCAUCAGUCGUUCUGAGAAGAGGACACCUUGGGUUUGGGAUCACUUCCCACGCCACUAUUCGUCGUCAUAGAAACAGCCGAUGCAGCGCAGGCGUCUCGCAAAGUCUGCCAUUUCCAGCCAAUAGGAACUCUGGAUGGGGAGGUGUUGGUGUUUCUUUGGAGUUGGGUUUUUACGCUUGCUAAACAUGGCGCUUGAUUCUUUUAUCGGGAGGGUAAUCUUUUUCCUGUGGGAGUUUUAUAUCCUUGGUUGUUUUUCUGCCUGUUGGGAGUCUGGGGUUACUGAUCCUAUAAUAUCUGUAUGUCUCUGUCUUCCUUUUAUAUAUGAGGCCUUUCAGCCUUCCUCCUCCUCCUCCAAGGUGGUGUAUCUACCUCAGGUUACAAAACUGUCGUUUCUCAAGACUUGACAUGGAACCAUCACAUUGGCUUUGCUACAUGCUCCACUAGUUUCAAGAUGCAAACAUGGUUAUCUAUAUGUGGUACCCCAGAGAUCCUUGAUGUUCUCAUGGGAUGGGAUGGUUUCCUCCUGUAUGUAGCACCUAGAACAGAUCCCAGCUUGGAAAAAACCCUUAUCAGCUGUUCUGUAGGCGCCAACUAGAAUAGACUCCAGGAUUCUGGAGAUGAAACAGAACUUAUUCUAGAUGAGGAAACACCAAGGCAUGAUGAACUAAUUCUCUCUAGACCUUCUCAUCAAGCAGAAACCUUGGUAAAUACGCCACCUCUCUCCUUCUGUCCCACCCAGAUGCUCUCCUGAUGUCUCCUUCCGCCAUGAUUGCUUGUAUUAUAUGUAAGAGCCUUCCUGCUGCCCCAGUCUCAUCAUGCAAUGUGGGCCCAUCCACAGCAGGAGGGCUGACCAGUUAGAGUGGACAUAUGUAUAUUUUAAUGGUUUUUACAUGCACUUUCUGUUCCCAGUUUUUAUUUUUUUUAUUCCCCACCCCAAACAACACAAACCACAGUGGAGCUUGGGCCACAAACUCAGCCUGUGUUAGAGGCAGUCCAUUCCCUUACAUGGAUGUACUUUUUACGUUUUUAUAAUAAGUUUAAUUUAAAUAUAAUGCAACUGGGAAACAAGUAUAUAACUGGAAGUACCGUAUAUACUCGAGUAUAAGCCGUCCCGAGUAUAAGCCGAGGUACCUAAUUUUACCUCCAAAAACUGGGAAAGCUUAUUGACUCGAGUAUAAGCCUAGGGUGAGAAAUGCAGCAGCUUCUGGUUAGUUUCCAUCAAAAAAUUGAGGGUUUCUGCUCCCAUUGGAGGUGCUGGACUAUUCUUAGGCGCCGGCGACCGUUUUUGCGCUUGACCCAAGUAUAAGCCGAGGUAGAGUUUUACAGCAUAUUUUGGGGGCUGAAAAACUCGGCUUAUACUCGAGUAUAUACGGUAUUAGCAAUGUCCUAUGAGGAUCAUUUCUAAGAUUCAAUAUACUAUUUUAAUUUAGUGUUUUUAAGCUUUUUAUUGAUUUCUUAAUUUUAGUUUUAUAUCACUUCAUCCGAUUGGUUCCUCAUUUGGCAAUGCCUUUGAUUGGCUGCCAGUAGUGUCUAGGCUGGGUUUUGAUUGGAGCACAAGUUGGUACCAGUUGUGGUUUUUGAAGGCUGAGUUGGUGACCCUUUGCGCACUAUCCGUGGUACCUCUGUGGGGGGUAAAACUGGGAAAUUGUCGUCUUUCUGUUAAUUUAUUGAUUGCUCGUUAAUGUUGUUUUGCUGGCAGAGGAGGCUGCAGUAUUUUGGUUUGCUAAUGAGUUUUGAACAAUAAAAUAAGGGUCCCUGUAGCUGCUGAAAUAUCUCAGGGUGGUGGCACACGAGAACUCAGAUUGAAAGAGGAUCACCUUCAAAUUAGCACCAGUAGCUUAAAACCUGCUCAUAUCUAGUUAGUAUAUCAGUAGCUCUUCCAAUGGAAACCAUCUUGGUGAUUCUGCCCAUUGUGACUGCAUCUAAUUGUGGCGUCACUCACAGUUCCUCCUGUGCCACCGCCCUUCCAGAGAGGCCAAAAAUAUUAAUUUCUCAUAUACUCAAUGGUUUUUAUCCUUUCAGUUCAUUGUUUGAUGUAAAAAAUGAAGUCUCAUAAGCUGAGCUCAAUAAGCUGUGAAUGGAGUACGCAAAGCUGCACUGGGGGUGUCCCCUAAAUAACUAACAUGAGAACUAAUGUCCUGUCAAUAACACUACCAUCAAAAUAAAAAGGUGUUGCAUUUGUGCCUGAAAA